CCCGAAUUUACCUGGACGUGUUAGCGGCUCGGAAGGCGUGGUCUAAACGCGACAGGGGGAGGCUGCGCACGGGUUGCACGUGCCAGUUUUCUGAGCCUCAGUUUCUCACUCGCUUGCCGCCAACGCCGGUGAACUACAAACGGCAACAUGCUAGCCGCCCUUUUGUUUCUCACCGCCCCCUACGCGGCUGCCGAGAUCAUCAAUCUCGAUAAAGGUAGCCAGGGGAGCUGCUACGAUGGGACGACGCAUGUGGUGCGUCGCGCCCCCCAAACACGGGUUGUUUGUUUAUCCGUCCCCACCCCAUAGGUAACGUGCUUCAUCGACAACGUGACGUGCGCGGCGAUGGGUAAUACGCCGUACGAAGCGGGGUUCAUUUCCAACUACGGCGGCUGCUGCCAUUGUAAUUCGAACUGCGACCACACUAAGGAGACAGGCACGGACUGCAGCUACUACGACACAAGCUCCGGAAGCUGCUAUGACGGAUCGACGCACGCUAUCACGUGCGACGUGACGCAAUCGACGUGCGAGGCCACCACCGGCAACGUGUGGUACGCUGCGGGUACUGUGGGAAGUAACGGUUGCUGCCACUGUGGCGAGCUGUGCGGAAAUCAACAGUGAGUCAGGGUAUCCUGAGGACUAUUGCGAGACACACCUUCGUCAACCUCAAUGCCAUCGAGCAGACUCAGUCUCGGGGACAGCGUCGCGUUGAUGGUUUGGCACCUCCACGCCAUAAAUUUGACACAGUUGUGGGAUAACAUCACGUCGAAUGCGCGGGGCGCCUGAAAUUAUAAUUCACACAGGUGACGAGACCUGCGACCACUCGCAAGAGACUGGGACGAACUGCCAGGCCUCGUACUACGACGAGUCCCAGAGCGACGGCUCGUGCUACGACGGAACGACGCACGUGGUCACGUGUGAUGUCGGACACGCAGACUGUGAAGCCCUGGGUCACGCCUGGUACGCCCCGGGCUACAUGUCCGGUUACUCGGGCUGCUGCCACUGCGAAGAAUCUUGCAACCACGAUCUCGAGACGCCGGCUGAUGGUGUUGACUGCUCCACAAGGUACUACGACGUAUCACCCUCGCCGACCCGCGGUCCGACCGCCGCCAAGACUGUAGCGGCCGACGCUGCCGCUGCAACUACCGUGGGCAUCCUCGCUGCCGCCGCAGCUGGCGCCGCGGCGCUCCUCUAAGCGACACCAGAAUGUGGCCUCCAAGCCUGGACGGAAGGCCACAUGAAAAUUCACGCCCCCCCUGAUCAGCUCGCCUCUUGCAGGCUGGAGUAGGACCGCCGACCCCAGCGCGCGGGUCCUCCUUGAGCUCCCUUGCUAAGUCCCCAC